AGGAAAAUCUAAUCAGAUGCUAACGCUUGCAGCCAAAAAUUAAUGCCACUCCACAAUAAUUGUACGCGGAUGUAUCAUGCCGGCCGCGCAGCAGUGCGGCGCAUAAACCCCCGCGGGCGCACCUUACCUAUCUAACUGCACAGUGCACACCAGUUGACGAACAGCAUUAGUCAGUUGAAGGACUAUUUGUGCGGCCAGAGUAAAGACGUUGUUUUGCCCAGUUCUUUACUGUUCCCCACGCAAUUACCGCAGGAAAUUUGUGAUAAUUAUGUGGUAUUUUGGAAUGUGAUUGUGUAGAGGGGGAGAAACGAUGCGCUCGCUGCGUUCCUAUCUGGAUAAAGGGGGGUGUUGGGUCUAUCAGGAGAUCAUUUUCGAGGCGCUAAUCGUGCUGUGGUUCGCCAGUCAGAUCUCCAUUAAACUGGGCCAGCGAUUCUUUGUCGAAUGGCAGAGUAGUCGGGUGCAUCCCAAUGCUGUUACGGAGCUCGACACGUUCCUGCAACGUUUCGGAUUUGGUAUCAACGAGUGCAUAUGGGACCGAACGGCCUACGCCUGGAAGAAAUUCCUCGCGGAUCCCACAUAUGGCUCCACACGGCCGUCCGCCACCGCCCCGGCCGUCGGCUACUACGGCACCCUUUUAUUAUACAGCACCACCGCCCUACUGGCUGUCUCCAUCGUCUUCUCGCUCUUCUACAACUUCCACUGGCGCCAGUUCCGCUGGCGCCACGGCGUCCACAUCUGCAGCCAACUCACCGCCCUCCUGGAGUUCAUCGAGGACCUCACCGGGUCGGUGCGGUGGGUGGGUGUGAUCCGGUUGGUGCUGUACGGGAUCUGGUUCCUGCCCGGGUUGGUGUGGGUGUGCUGCAUCCUGGUGCUGUGCUCCCUGCCGCUGUUGGCCGUCACCGGGAUAUUCGUAUGGGUGUUGGUGGGGUUAUUCGACGUGGAAGCGGUGUUCCCUGUGGGCGUGGGGGUGGUGUCGUUGUUGGCGGUGCACUGUACCGGACGGAUAUGGGGCUGGUGGAUGCAGGAGACGUAUUUCAGCCGGCUGUUCAGUUCCACCACGACGACCGGCAGAACCUCCCCGACGCAGUGGGUGGCUACGUUCUUGAAGAACCUUUUCGGUGGCAUCCUACCGCAGAGCGACCUGGGUUCCCUCAACAAAUUACUGGACGCGCCGCCGGUGGAGCCGUUAACCGCUGAGCGCACACCGCGUCUCAUCUUCACGAUGCGCGCGAUUAUUCUGCUGAACGGCUGCUGGGCGGUUCACCGCAGUGUGUCCUCCUUAUUGGCGGCGUCCACUACUCCGGAGAAAAUUGCCAACUGCACCGGGAUGUCCGAAUUGUUUUGGCGGACAAAAAAUCUCGCUAAGGGUUUGGAUUAUCCCAGUGCCAUGUUAUCGUACUGGAACGACAAGGACCUAGCUGCUGAAGUAGAUGAGGAAGACCUCGGUGUGCUGAGUUUCACAUGGGGAAGUGCCGGCUUCGGACAGAUGCUGGGUCCGGUGUAUUCCGCGUGGGGUACGGGCCUGCGGCUCGUGACUGUUCUGCCGCAUAUCGUGAUGUGCUUUCUACUGGGUGGCUGUAUCCUUCUGGCCUGCAUGACCGCCUGCAUGGACUCCUCAGACGGGAAGUAUCCCAAACGCGCAAAGCUAGCCAAGAAGAAAGGAGUCGCCGACAGUGCCAACUCCGACGACAAACAUUCCCGCCACAAUAACAUAAAAGACAAACCAACCAAAAGCCGACACCACGACAAAACCGAAGAGAAACAACUGCGCCAACUGGCCAAAGAGAAACGGCUGGCCAGUCGCAGCCGGGAGAAAUGGGAAGACCGCAGUCUCUGCCAAUUAAACCCCACGAACCCCUCUCCCCUCCCGUUCCCCACGGCGUCCCCGUUUCCCCAACAGCGCAGCGGUGUUGCGCCCUGGCCCUGCCCUUCUCCAACGCCACCCCCGAGGACCCCUGCUGGCAGUGUCGGAUGUGGACCGCCCUGGCGGAACCCCGCUGCCUGUGCCCGUUGUGGUACAUGCUGAACGACGAUCUGCCCAUCAUCAUUGGGCAGCUGGCGUUCUGGCGGUUCCUGCCGUUUCCCUGGCGGAGCUGUUUCUCCCGGAAUGGCUGCAGUUCCCGGGGUUGUUGGUGAUGCUGACGAUGUACACGUUGUGGUUGUAUUUGUUGUUUGUGGUGUUCUUGUGGAAUCUGUUGCGCAACGAAGGGGAUGAGAGCGGGAAGAGUGGUACUGAUGGUGGCAGUGCGAAAUCGGGAUGAUGGCCCUUCUACUGGAGAUUGUUGUUUUGCAGUGGAAUUAGUUUGUAUUUUAUUUUUUUUAUUUUAUUUUGAUGCUGUUUUACUGUGUUACCGCUUUGCUUUUGCUGGUUCCUUCAUUGGGGAAGACAGGUUUUCCGUCCCUUGUCCAUUAUUUCGCUUUCACAGAACUUUUUGAUCUCGCUGAAAACAAUAAUGCCGCUUGCUUUUAUUGAAGUUUAUACGGUAAGGAAUAAUCGCGCCUUUUUGUUCUUUUUUAUGCUACGUUCUUGCCACACUGUUAUGAGAAUUCUGCAGAUGAAUAAACGCCACGAUGUGUGUUA